AUGCUCUGCUUCCGCAUUCACGUGAAUCUACAUCAGAACGCGCCCCUUCUGUUCUGAGGUUGGGGCAAGCUCCGACAUCCGUGUGAAUGCAUGGCGGCGACCGUAGAUUCAUCGUCGACGGCGCCGCUAUUACGUGGCCCGCCAUCGACGGGACAGCGGAGGACAGCCGGCAAGGCAACGUCGGCCCAGACGCUGGGUAACAUCGUAGUGUCAAUUGUCGGGACGGGUGUGCUCGGCCUCCCCUACGCCUUCCGCGUGGCUGGAUGGCUUGCUGGCUCACUGGGCGUCGCCGUCGCCGGCGUCUCUACCUAUUUCUGCAUGCUCCUCCUCAUCCAAUGCAGAGAUGGAUUAGAAGGAAAUGAUGAUGAAGAGACUGGUGAUGCAACCCAUAUCCAAAGUUAUGGGGAUCUGGGAGCAAAGGCCUUUGGAACAACAGGCCGAUACCUUACUGAGUUCCUUGUACUUAUCUCACAAGCAGGGGGUUCUGUCGCCUAUCUAGUCUUUAUUGGCCAGAAUCUUUCCUCUUUGUUCACCAAUACCAGCCGGUCAAUAAUACCACCUUCCAUCUUCAUUUUCUUGCUACUUCUCCCCAUUGAGCUAGCUCUGUCUUUUAUUCGUUCUCUUUCUUCCAUUGCCCCAUUUAGUGCGUUUGCAGAUGCUUGCAAUGUCCUUGCGAUGGCUAUUGUUAUCAAGGAAGACUUUCAACUGUUUGACAGAUUUUCUUUGGAAAGGGGUGCAUUCAAUGGGACUUGGGGGUUACCUUUCGCAGGGGGAGUGGCUGUCUUCUGUUUUGAGGGCUUCAGCAUGACGUUGGCACUUGAGGCUUCAAUGGCUGAUAGAAGAAAAUUUCGAUGGGUGCUACUUUUGGCUUUUAUUACUAUAACACUAGUAUAUAUUAGCUUUGGGAUUUUUGGAUAUUUAGCCUAUGGUGACGAGACUAAGGAUAUCAUCACACUUAACCUCCCCAACGACUGGUCUGCUAUCACUGUCAAGGUUGGACUUUGUGUAGCACUAGCAUUCACAUUUCCAAUCAUGAUGCACCCAAUUUAUGAGAUUGUAGAGAUGAAGAUGACAUCAAUCAGAUGGUUUCAAAAGGUCCGGUGCAACGCCUACGGCGAGCGACUUAGCCUCCAGGGAGCUCGCAUGCUAGUGCUAUUGAUCGUCGCCAUCAUAGCUUCCUGCAUACCUGGUUUUGGGACUUUCAUCUCACUUGUGGGCAGCACACUUUGUUCUCUGCUUUCUUUCGUCUUGCCGGCCACAUUCCAUCUUUUGCUGAUGGGAUCCAAUCUGAAGCUUUGGCAGAGAGCUGUAGAUUAUCUUGUUCUUCUUGUUGGGCUUGCUUUUGCUUGUUAUGGUACAUAUGAUGCACUAAGUGAUCGUAUUAGGGUUUCUAAAAGUAUUCCAUAAAUGAAGAAAGGUGCUACUCUUGUUGGGAUCUUUUUUUCUGCUGUGAUUUCAUGGAGAUUAGAUGUGAUCAGUUGUGAAGGAUGGAUUUGUUUACAAAAUUUCUUCAUCCAGCCUUCAGCUAUAUUAUUCGUUUUUUAUUUAUUGGAUCAUAGGAAGAUCAUAUCUCUAAUGCAAAGCCUGCCUUGAGCAUCAGCAGUUGUUUAUGCUUAUUUUGUUAUGCAUAUGUGCUUGCUAAACCACUCUCGUUUGUUUUCAGAGACUCCUGUUCGAUUGGAGCAAAAUAUUGUGGCUGAAUUUAGUCAAAUAAUGUUAUAAGAGAAAA